CUUCCAUUAUCUAUCAUUAAAACGUUUAAGUGUUGUGUAUAGACUAUAUACUGAAUGUAGGAUAAUCUAUAUGCAUAUUUGUGACGUAAAAUCGCUAAGGCAUUAGGUGUCCUAUGUAUGGCGUAACGUGUGUGCAAACAGAAAAACAUAGAUAAGAUGGCAACGGCACCGGCUUCCUGUAUGAGCACUGAAAAUGGUUGCGUCAUGUUUGACUGUCUCGUGCACUUGUGGGAAUGGAUUGAUCCUCCUCUCCAAGAGACGCAGUUUCAAAUGGACGCCAAGAAAACUAUACCACCUACUCAGCAACCGCUGACUCAACAAAACAUAAUGGCCCACCAUGUUCAUCCUGGCCAAAUAUAUACCCAGCAGCAAAUGUCAAAUCAUGUAACAUCCAACCCACCUAUACAAAAUCAGCCUAAUGGCGUUAUACAUCAACAGCAACUCAUACAGAAUCAAUAUCAUGCAACCAUGACCGCGAGAUCACCUCUUUUAGAAAACAGACAUGAAAUAUAUGGAACCAGUCAUAAUCACGAAUACGCAAGACAUUAUGGCGCAAAUGACAACUGCAACUAUCAGCAACAGCAAUCUCCAACCACUGAAAGAACAGAACAAAUUAUUCAUACAGAUCAUAAUGUCAAUCACGAUAUUGUACAUAACAUCCCGAAGGGGUACAACGCCGAAGUUUAUCAAGACUAUAUGAAACGUAACCCACCGAAAGACAAUAACCAAAUAUAUCAAAAUCAUCAACCUAUGUAUAGACAUAAUAUGAAUCAAUAUGGUUCAAAACCUUAUUUGCCAUAUUCGAAUAGAAUAGGACCUCAAAGUAAUACAGAGCUUUUGAGGAGACAGUACAAUGAAAUCCAACAGCUAAAAAUGCAACAACAACUCCACUAUCAGAAUCAGGCACAAAUGCAUCAACAACAAAAAUUCGCUGAAAGACAACUCCUAUUGCAACAAAUACACGGAGUACAGCCUCCACCUAACUUACAAAACAGCAUUUACUCUGACAGUUCCUAUAGAGAUUUGGAUAGGUACGGUAGUAGAAAUGAUUUCAAAGACUACAAUACAGGAGACAUUCAAAAAGAUGUAGACAAGUAUGCUAAAAAUAAUGAAUAUAGGGAGAUAGAGGGACAAAAUAAACAGUUCCAAGAAGCGCAGUGGCAACAUAACCAAGAAGGAUUUAAAGAGAUUGAACGGUAUAGAAGUCCACCAGAGGAGGAGAAGACAAAGCACAGAUCCCCACCAACCGAUUUUAAUAACCAACUAAAAAAGAACUCAGGUACGAUGUCUCCGAUGAAGUCCAGUGAAUCCAGUUCGCCUAGCGUAAAGUCCCCAUCAACAGAAAGUCGCAGGAGUAGCAGUGGCCAAGCUUUACGGUCACCAACAGCGCAAAGAAUUCCCUCUGCCCCUGUUACUUUAUCAGGAAUGCUUUAUAAACAGGGAUCCGAUGGCCUAAAAGUGUGGCGGAAGAGGUGGUUCGUGCUAUCUGAAUAUUGUUUAUUCUACUAUAAAAGUCAAGACGAAGAAAAACUGUUGGGGUCCGUUCUUUUACCAUCAUAUAAGGUAUCCGCUUGUACUAGUGAAGAUAAGGUAAUGAGGAAGUACGCAUUUAAAUUAGAACACGCAAAUAUGCGGACGUACGUAUUAGCAGCGAUGGAUCAAGAAUCUAUGAUGAAAUGGGUUAAGGGACUAACUAUGGCUGCACUUAUGCAAAACUACAGCGAACACCAACGGAAACAAAUUGAGCGAACUGCAAAACCAGAGGAGGAUGACGAUAUUCCUGGACCCACAUACGCAAAUGCACCUCCCAAGCCACGGCGGUCAAAUGAUGGAUACAAUUCACCAGGCUCUGACAUAUACGACCCAAAUUACGAUCUUUUGAUCAAACCAGAGUCUCAAUAUAAUCAAAGCACUCCGAAGCAAUAUCAAGAUCAAUAUGGAAGUAAAGUGAAUCAAGAAGCUUACGCCAGAACUCCACAGUCCCCUCCCCAACAACCUCUCUAUCAAACAAAAAGAUCCAACGAUUUACACAAUGUUUCUGGAUCGAAUCACGAAAGACCUCAAGAACUAUAUAAAUAUCCACAAUCGCCCCCUUUUGAAACAAAUCGUCUUCCCGAUGAAAACAUGUACCAAUCACAAAAUAAUCCCUUCUUACAAAACUAUUCAGGCCAGGAAACUCGUAUUCCACCUCUUGAAACACAAAACACUGAUCAAAAAUCCAUAAAAAGUUAUGGAGACAAUUAUCCAGAAUCGAAAACUCGUAAUGAUCCUAAUGUAUAUGCCAGAGAUGUGUAUGGUGAAUUAAAGGAUCUAAAGCCGGUACCAACGAAUAGUGUAAAUGAUCGAAUUAUGGAGAGGCGAACGCCCGAUGCAUACGGGCGCUCCACGACGAUGUCGAGUUACAAGAACAAACUCGGUGAUUAUGAAGAUGUAUACUCCGCAUAUUCAAGUGAAAAUCCUGCGAAGUCACCUAAUUUAUCACUACAUCGUGACAAUAUCAGUUUGUCCAGUCAAAAGCAGCAACAAAAGCCUAAUCAGACUCAAGAGAAAGUGUUUAGCGGGCCAUCAGUUCUUCGAAGAAAGAAAAUGCAAGCAAGUGGCAUACAACCUCCCAUGCCCAGGCCACAUAGCGCAGAUUUUCUAGAGUACGAAGCUAGAAACGAAUCAUUGAAUAAGGCAAUGCCAGCAAAAAACAAUUUAGAUGUUCAUAAAAAUCCACAACGGCCUAAGUCUAGUCUUGACAUAAACUCAUAUUACGACCCCAGCUCUGAAACAUAUUACUCCGAAGAAAGCUACGCAGAAAAAAUGAGACAGUCAGCUCAAUAUUUGCAGCAACAAGGUCUUGCGCCUCGUAAUAUACAGAUACCUCUCGCAAAAUAUGCAAGUGGUUUAGCUGAAAAACAAUUGCAGUCCCCCUACGCUCAUACACCAAACAACAAUUACGAAAUGGAAUUUGGCGCAAAACAACGCGAUAAUAUCAGCUACACCUCAAAAUACAGUGAUCUAGAAGGAUUAAACUCUAAUUGGAUGCUAAAAGAGAAAGAUUUAGAACAACAAAAGGAUUACUUGAACCGAAGUGGGAGUGUAAUGAGCGAUGGAUCUAAUGGAAGUUACCUGAAAGAAGCAAGUAAACUGGAGCCUAAUUCUGAUGGUUUUAUAAGAUCUGCGAGUGCACGAUUACCUUCUACAGAACGUGAUGGUGAAAAGAAAGUUCAGCAGCGCGAGGAAUCAAUGAAACGCUUAUUGGAAUGGAAACAAAGAAUGUUGCAGUCUCCUUUGACUAGAAAAAGCACUCCUGCAACUAUUUCCUUAGCAAGGUCUCUAAAUCAGAGUCGACAAUCAUUAAGAUCAGAUCAGUACAAACCUAAAACAUACUCAAAUAAUUCAUAUAACAGCUACUCAUCUGAUGACGAAGCAUCCUUAACAAUAUCAGGUACUAACAUAGAAUCUAACGCAAACAAUAACCAAAUUCAACAAACAUUAUCAAAGAAAUCAUUUGUCGGGAGUAAUACAUCUAUUGGACGUAGUAAUAGAGAUGGGAAUAUACCAGUAAGAGCAGUCAGCCCAAGAGUGCGAUGGGUUGAAGAUAAAGCAAAUGAACAUUACACGUCACAACAGAUUAGUGCGUCGCAACAUAAUCUUAAUAUAUUACCUGGUACAGAAGAAUCUUGGGCCACAAUUAGGUCCCCGUCUCGGAUGUCCCAACAGCCCGUAAGCGCUGUCAGUCCCAGAGUUAGGAGGAACACUGAAACUGACGAAAUGCAAAAGAUGCCUCGAGAAUUGGUAGACAUACCAACAGCUGGUGAACUCCUGGGGCGGAGUCAUGAAGAAUUGGUUCUCCUUCUCAUACAAUUACGUAGACGUCAUGCUGCAACACAUCGAUCCAUAGAGCAAUGCUGCCACCAAAUUAAUAGUAUAGAGGAAUGUCUUAGUUCUUUAAAAGCUUUAGAACGGGAGGAGAGUCUACGAAGGUUGGAACAAUUGAAGAUGCAAUUAAUGGAGCUAGAACAACAGUAUGCAAAAAGCAAACCCCUUGUUCAAUUAGUGGAUAAUAUGGUCAAACUGGGGUCACUGUACAAUAAACCUGGAUCCACAAUUGAACGCCUUGAGAGAAAUCAAAGGCUAAGACAUAAGGUUCUAGCAGAGCAUGCAGUUGAGCAACAACGGUGGUUGGAAAGUGCUGCAGCUGGCAAACCCUUAGAAACAGAAGCAGCAAGAGCAAGAGUUGCUGAACUUUGGGCUUUGGAACAAGAGUUAGCCGAUGAAGCGUCCAUACUGCAAGGACUCAAAACUGAUAAAGAUGCCAUAGAAUCAUUGCUUUCAGGUGUUCGUAGUAAGCUGGACACAGUGAAUUUAGAAGAUCCACUUCAUGGAGGUGGUCUUGAGGUGGAAUUGGCCAGAGUUCACACGAUGCUGGCGCACAAUUCUAAGGUUUAUAAGAAACUAGAGCAGACUGUAGCUGAAAACACCCGAUUAGAGCGCGAAUUACAACAGUUGCGUAGGGCGUUACGAGCAAGGAGGGCUGCUCCACAGCCCACACAUUCACAUCCCACACAGCUUGCACAGCCCAUUCAUCCUACCGCCAUGUUAGAAGAUGAAGUUUCAAGAGUCCAACAGUUAGUCACAGCUCUUCAAAGACAGCGUCAAGAGUUAAGUCGCGCCGUGAGGCACUUGACCCAGCAGUCCCAGGUCUUACAGACGACACAAGAUUCUAUGCCAGGAAAACAUCGACCAUUAUCAUUCUGGCAAGAAACGAAUCUAGAUACUGGUCAUACUAUUGACCACGGACAGGAUUAUGAGUACGAAGGCCAUCCAGUCCACUACGGACAGACGGAACCAUUGUAUGUUGAUACUAGACCUGGCGAUAUCACCUCUCCCAUGACCAGUGAGGACAUGCAGAAUUCGGCAUUUGGUCACCUAUCCAACGUCGAAAAGCAAGAAAUCAAAACGGUGCGUAUAGUGAAACGCGAGAGUGAGAGACGUCAAAGAGACCGAGAGCGCUCCCUACAACCAAUGUCCGAUUGGUCCACAAACAUGACGACCAACAUCGACCAGUUUCUCGAGGAAGAAUUGGUCCAACCCAUCAACAACUAUCGGGCCUCAUCCGUCCCUAGAACGGAUUACUCCAAAUUCGAGGAAUACUACGCUAAACAAAAUAAAGAAACGCCGUAUUUGAAAUUCGAGAGGAACAUGGAACUCAGCCCAAAAUAUCCAUCCAGUCCUUCUCUGUCUAACUACGACUACUCCCGAGAUUACAAAUACAAUUACGACAGACUAACUCUAUCAAACCAGUACCUAAACAGCCCGACGGACAGUUCCAGAACUGUAACCAAUGACAUUUCGAAGGCCAGCAGUGUCAUGAGCCUGACGAGGUCCAAUAUGGAGUUGUCGCCGAUAUUCAAAAGUGAGGCUGCGAAGGAGAUAAUCACAGAAAUGUCGGACACGCAUAAGAAUGGAUCUUCGCAUAGGAGACAGGUUCCGAAAGAGAAGAGAAGACAUUAUACGGCGCCGCAUCAUUUGAGUGCGAAGACAUUGAAUGAAUCACCGAAGAACGGCUAUAAACAAGAUGCAAUGGCUCGUUCCGUGGACGACGCAGAUAUGGAGCGUGCAUUGCGCGGCGCCGCGCCUGACGUGGUGAGGUCUGCUCUCCCCGCUACCAAGAUACGCGACUCCAUCGACCAGUUGCUAGCUGCACCUCAGAAAAUCGUUAUUCCCGAGCGAUACAUUCCUGAGAAGCCCCCAGAACUAUCUCCAGAAGAACAACAGAAGAGACAAGAGAAAGUAGAGUCGAUCAAAAAGAUGCUGUCCAGCUCUUCGGGCGACCAAACCAGCACUAAGAGCCCGGAUGGAGAAAAACGACAGCGGGAGCACUUACUACAAAUGAACCAGAUACUCGCCAAGCAGGUCACGGAGAUGAGCAAAAUUAUAGCUGUGAAAGCCUUGGAAGAACUGCCUAUAACGAACAACGCUGAUGAUUCGGAUCGCUCACCAGAUGUGGAAUUGCCAAUAUAUCAGCAGAGGGAGAAUUUCUUCACCUAAAUAUAAAGAUAUUGCAAAUUGCGUCAGUUAACAAAGUUAUUUGUGGCUUUCGGUCUUUUAGCUUUGGCAUGGAGUACAAUGCCUAAAUGUAUGUCGUUAAACCAAAUAUCUGAUAAAAACCUCUUAUAAUCAGAAGGUUUUGAUGCAGAUGCUUAAGGAAAAUUAACGUAACGUCACAGUUAAUUGACACUCUUGAAUAUGACGAUAGAAGAACUCAAAUUUAAAUGCUUUAUCAUAUCGUAAAUUAUGUUCAUAUCAUGUAAUGCCAUAUCUAUAUUAUGCUAAGGAAAUUGUUUAAUUGUUGCUUAGCAUUCUGCAUUAAAAAACAGUACAAGUAAUAUGUAAAGCUUGUUAGUAGAUGACAAAAUCAAAUAAUAGUUAAUGAUUUCAAAUUUGCCCCAGUUUUCAAAUCCUAAGUAUUCAACGUAUGACACAGUAUUUUAUUAUUAAGUCAUACUUAUAUAUCGCUCUCAACUAAAAGAGCUGUAAUGAUAAUAAUUUUGGGAAUAUUUUUGACUAACAAAAUGCUUCAUGAAAGAAGUAUCUAGGCUCUAGGCUUUUUAUAAGUAAGGCAUACAGAAUGUGUAUGAAAACUCGGUUUAUUAUUUCUAUCGACUAUGUACAUACUAUAGAUAUAUGAAGAUAUUUAAAAGUAUUAUUUAGCAAUACCAAAAUGUUCUUAAUAGUUAUGUAAUAGUUCUAAUAUUCAUAACAGAAUGGCCUACAAAUUAUUUCUUAUAAACAUAAAGUUCUUAUUUUAAAACAGACCUUGUCAUAGUCUUGUUUGGAGCGCUGUCAAAAAUCGAAGAUAAAAGAAAUUGACAGAUAAAAGCGAUUACAUUUAACGAUUUUAACGCAUUAGUUUUAAUUUCUAUACAAUCAGUCUAUUUAUUACAUUAGCACGAACUUUACAAUACUUUUGUCAAUAUUCACCAACGUCAAUGUCAGUUUUUGACAGUUUGAACGUAUCUAUUUUUCCUAAAAUUUGAAUCUCUCUGAUUAUUGCCUAAAUGCCUUUUGUUUCAUACUUCAAGGGAGCGCUCUAUUAUCCAAACAAAAUUCUAUCGAUACUUUUUUGUUAGUUAUUCUAUUUUACAUAUUGUUCGUGCUAUGGCCUUAAAGAUGAAUAUAAAGUAUUUAGUAUUUAAGAUACACAAGAGGACGAUGCCAUGUUAGUUAAUUUAGGUUAAGUUUCAUUUAUUAUUAUUGUAUGCCAUUGUUUAUCAUUUUAAUUUUUAAGUGUUAUUUAAUUCUAUUAUGUUGUAGAUUUGCAUUGAUACCAUUUGUAUAAUAUCGAUUUAUUUUCAUUUAAUAAAACUAAAUUUAAGUAUAAAAUUUGUUGUUAAUAUUUUUUUUCUUUGAUAAUACGGUUACACUCAUAAUAUAGUUUUAUUUAAUCUUUGAUAUAUUAUAUAUAUUAUAGAUAUUUUGGAUUUUGAUACUUACUACGUGUACUUGCAGAUGCUAUAAAGUUACUGUGUCAACUGCUUAAAGUCUCACAAUACCUUAGGGCGUGGGGCGGAAUUUCCUUUUCUCUAUUGAUAUUAUUUCUAAGUAAGCAAGCAGAGUAAUAUUUAGAAUCGAGACGCCGCUAAAUAUGCCUUUCAUAUGUCAAGAACAUUUUUAAUGUUCGUGUUUCUUGGCGCCAAAGUAGGGCCAAUUUAAUAGAAAAUAUUUGACAUCUGUCAGCUAGCUUCAUAUGACGCACACUGACGUUACAUUCUUACGACGUUCUGUUCACUCUGAAACUGAAAUAAUGUUUAGAAUGUGUAUUUAAAAGUAAAUUGUGUAAUUUUCAUUAAUACGUAGUAGCUAUUAUGCAGUUCCAACCUAAAUAAAUAUGCGAGUUACAAAGUUCCGUUCUCAAAUUUUGAUGAAAUGUCAAUGGGUAUUAAAUUGACUAUGUUUUAAGUAUCUUACCAUGUUUGCUUCUUAAUGAAUUGAGUGGUGAAAUUAAAAUCUAUUGGUAUACGGGCUUCUAACAACUAGGGUUGAAAGUCGCUUAACCGCUAUAUUUGAAAAUAUACCUUUUAUUCUAAGUAUAAUGAAUGCCGAUAUUACACAAUACUUUCAAACAAUUAUUCGUACUGCAGCCGUAUUACUUAUUGCCUUUGCACAUAGACCGUCAAUUGUAGAUAAUAUGCUUCUAAAUCGCUUCAAGUAGAAGCAACGAAUUGGUAAUCUUUGUGAUAAACAUAUACAAAUAUAUUAAUUGUAGUAAAGUAGGCCCCUAUAAAUAGCCUAUUAAAGCUUUAAAAUACUUAUGACUAUUGUAUUAUAAAUUGUCCUAUCGACGCAAAACGUAAACAUUAAAAUGUAUUUAAAUGGACCUUAAGACAUUUCUCCGGUAUUACGAUAAUUUACUAAUAAUUCUUGGACAAUAUUAUUUUGAUGUACAGAACUAGACUAGAAACGUUGAAUUUGGCAGGAAAAUUGGUUAAGAACCUAUAUAUAAAACAUAGUAAUCAAUGAAUAUUAUUAUAUAACUUUUUAUGACAAGUGAUAAGCAAAAUUAAAUAUUGCGCCAUCUACAUGCAAUUAUUGUCGAUUUUAUAAUAAGCCCGUUACUCGAAAUAAACCAAUAUAAUAUUUAUUUCAUAUAUAAGUUAAAACUGAAAAUAUAAAAAUGUAGAUGAAGGAGGGUGAACAGCUCUAGUGAGCAUCCUCGACUAGUCUAACCACUGACUGACCCGAAGGCCCCAGUGGCUAAGGUUGAGAAGUUGUUACAUAUAUCCUUUGCGCUCGCAAUAAUUUCGUUUAGCUAACGAAUAUGACGUCAUGGCAGUAAUUGUAGAAUGUAGGUGUCGCUACAAAGAUACAUUUAUUUAAUCUAUUUUAAUUAGUCUAGUUUGAGUACAUCAUAAAUAGCAAUGUCUGUAUGUUAACUAUUCAUAACUACAUAUUAACGCGUAAUUAGCGUUUAAUUAUUUAUUUCGAUCCUUUAAAUUUUUCAAACUAAGUAUAUUUAAAUAAUUUCCAAUUAUCAUUCGUAUCUAUCUAUAUAUAAAUAUUUAAACUAAAUAUUAAUUUCAUUAUAAGCAAAUGGUAGUUGCUAACGUUUGUAUUGCUUCAUAAAUGUUAACUCUACGCGUAACACACUUGUAUACAAUUAUUUUCACAAAGUCCUCCUAUUAAAAUGGUGUUUAUGUUGUCGAGAUUUUUCCAAAAACAUGAGACAACUAAUUAUAUUAUUCACAUAACGUAUGAUUGUAAAAUUAUACUGUAUGUUAUAUAUAUACUUGCCUAUAUUUCUAUUACCCUUAUUUAUCCCUUCUGUACGAACAAUCAACUACUAAAUUUUAUUCAGAUUUCGCGGAUAUCAGGUAGUAGAAAUUUUUAUGAACUUAUAGACUGAUGUGUUGGUACCACUCUAUCGACUGUCCUAUUUGGAUUAUUUAUACAUAGUCAAUUAUGUACUUAACCUAUCCUUGUUAUGCAAAAAUUGUUUUAUAAUGU